ACCUUCCUUCCAUGUCCUGUUCAAUUGUCUUCACGUGAAAGAGAAAGAUUGACUGCAGCAAGUUACAGUUACACCUUGAUUCCAUCGAUUUUAUUUUAAUUUCUCAUCUGUUUCCAAAAUUAAUUAAUUUCUUUAAUUAAUGUUAAUAUAUUAUAAUAAAUUAAAAGCAAAUCUCAGUCCGUUCCGUUGUGGAAGAUGAGUAGUUUAUUCCUGUCUGCACUCAUACUCACGUUGCAAUCAUCAAUUUGACAAGCAUCCUAUCCUAUACACACGCACCAAUUCCUAUUUCUUUUACAUCAAUCAUCAAGUGAAUUUCAACCCCCCCGCUGAGGACGGAUCGGACUUGAGCGAUUGUUUUCCGGCUGCUUCUCUGAUCUGAUCAGUACUCCGAUCAACUUCUGGUUGAACCCGCCAACCCAUGAACACGACCCAUGUAGCACCCCUACACACUAUUUUGCCAAACAAAGAUGAACGCUUUAGCUGCUACAAACCGAAACUUCAAGCUAGCAUCUCGCCUGUUGGGUUUAGACUCCAAACUUGAAAAAAGUUUGCUCAUUCCAUUCAGGGAAAUCAAGGUUGAGUGUACACUACCAAAGGAUGACGGUACCUUGGUGUCUUAUGUCGGCUUUAGGAUCCAACACGACAAUGCUCGCGGACCCAUGAAAGGAGGAAUCAGAUACCAUCCAGAGGUUGACCCAGAUGAAGUCAAUGCUUUAGCACAAUUGAUGACGUGGAAAACAGCAGUGGCAAAUAUACCAUAUGGUGGAGCAAAAGGAGGAAUCGGAUGUAAUCCAGGAGAAUUAAGCAUAUCUGAACUAGAACGACUUACUAGAGUUUUCACACAAAAAAUACAUGAUCUGAUUGGAAUUCACACAGAUGUUCCAGCACCUGAUAUGGGAACCGAUCCCCAGACAAUGGCAUGGAUAUUAGAUGAAUACUCCAAGUUUCAUGGAUACUCACCUGCUGUUGUUACUGGAAAGCCUAUUGAUCUUGGUGGAUCACUUGGUAGAGAUGCUGCCACGGGAAGGGGUGUCCUCUUUGCAACAGAAGCCCUUCUUAAUGAUCAAGGAAAGAGUAUUGCGGGACAACGGUUUGUUAUACAGGGAUUUGGAAAUGUUGGUUCAUGGGCUGCUCAACUUAUUCAUGAAGCCGGUGGCAAAGUGGUUGCCGUGAGUGAUGUAAGUGGAGCAAUAAAGGACAAAAAUGGAAUUGACAUCCCUAGUCUGAUCAAACAUGUUAAGGAACACAAAGGAGUCAAAGGUUUUAGUGGUGCAAAUGCAAUAGAGGGUAGUUCUAUUUUAGUUGAAGAUUGUGAUAUCCUCAUCCCAGCUGCCCUUGGGGGUGUAAUCAACAGGGAAAAUGCAAAGGAUAUCAAAGCCAAAUACAUAAUCGAAGCAGCUAACCAUCCUACUGAUCCUGAAGCUGACGAGAUCUUAUCAAAGAAAGGUGUCAUCAUUCUCCCUGACAUAUUUGCAAAUUCAGGAGGGGUAACAGUCAGUUACUUUGAAUGGGUUCAGAACAUUCAAGGGUUUAUGUGGGAUGAAGAAAAGGUUAACGCAGAACUAAAGAAAUACAUUCAACAAGGUUUCAAAGAUGUUAAAGAAAUGUGUAAAACUCACAACUGCGAUCUACGUAUGGGGGCAUUUACAUUGGGACUCAACCGCGUUGCAAGAGCUACGGUUCUUAGAGGUUGGGAAGCCUAAGGAACUUGGCAUGAAGCGACUCAAAUAAAACGAUGGAGGGCUUUUACGGACAAUGCCUGUUGUUUCAAGUUGUUUUUUUAUGUUUUACAUGAACUGGGAUUCUUGACUUUGAUUUGUUUAUGUUUUAACCUAUUUCCAACAGUUUUCGGAAUGUUUUUUCGAAAGCGGGUUAUGAAAUAUUCAAGUAAGUGUUAUGGUGAAUUUAAGUUACUUUAGGAAACUUUGUGGCUACAAUCCAUGGACUUAUGCCUUCUGGGUUGUUGCCAACUUUUAAUUUUAUGAUCAUAUAAUCAAGAAUUCCCAUGGUUCAACUGCA